GAGGUUGUGUGUUCUCUGCAGGCUCUCUGUGAUCUUCAGUGUGAUGACGUGUGCAGAGAACAGCAGAAGAAAGUCAGCCAGGUGAAGGAGGCGGAGCUAAGAGCAGCUGAGGAAGAGGAGCAGAGGAAGCUGCAGACCUCAGACCUGGUCUAG